AGUCUGUGAUGUUAAAUAUUUGGUGGGAGGUGUUUGUCUAUUUGAUUUGAGCGGGAAUUUUUUUUACAAAGUCGUGUAGAAGAAGGAAGAGGCCGUCUGCGUUAGUCACUUGAAGAAUUCAUAGCAUUAUCCAGUUAUGUCUAGCCCAUCAAGGGUAUCACAUCAUGAGGAAGAUGACGGCCACACAGCUGAUGAAGAAAGUGGAAGGCGAACUCCACGACGUAGUGCCCGUACGCCAACUCGACAAGAAGAAAAUGGAACAGGCACUCCAAGUUACCAGGGAGUACCUGGGAGAGGAACACCAGCACGUAGAGUUAGACAGGAUGAAUCAGCAGCCACCCCAGUGAGGCGAACUCCUGGCAGGCCUGAAAUAGCUGCAACUCCUCGCCCUCUUAUUACUCCUUCCAAGCGGUCACGAUCUGACACGCCAACUGCCACCCCUCUUCGGUGGGGAGCUCAGCAACAGACCGGGUCACAGCAAAAUAUUGUAGUAGAAGCCUCAGACCAACCAUCAGUUGCUGCCACUUCUCCUGCGGCAAACUUGAAUCCAACUAGUCCGUUUGCUGUAGGUAUGAGUGAGAUUGACUUAAGCUCUCCAUUGAACUAUGGGACUCCUGGUUCCUUGUCUUCAGUUCGAACACCUCACUCAGGCAUCAGAGGGACUCCAAUUCACAUGCGACCAGACAUAAGAACAGACAGGCGCAUUCGACAAGUGAAUGUGAACUCAGACCCGGUUGAAAUGGUUGAAGCUGAUCCCAGUGCUACAGGAAUAUCUUCAGAAACAGAUCAGUUGCCACAGCUGGUGGUAUGGGGCACUAAUGUGGUUGUGAGCCAGUGUAAGGAGAAGUUCAAAAAGUUUGUGCUGCGGUUUGUGGAUCCAAAUGCAGAAGAGGAUGAGCGGAUGGAGGACAUGAAUCUGAAUGAGCCCCUGUAUCUGCAGAAGCUACAAGAGAUCCAUACUCUAGAGGAGCCAUUUCUGAAUGUGAAUUGUGCACAUUUGGAGUUAUUUGAUCCUGAACUGUAUCGCCAGCUGGUCUGCUAUCCACAAGAAGUGAUUCCAACAUUUGACAUGGCAAUCAAUGACAUGUUUUUUGAGCGCUAUCCAGCUGCAGUGCUUGACCAUCAGAUUCAAGUACGACCAUUCAAUGCUGAGAAAACCAAGAACAUGAGGUCACUGAAUCCUGAAGAUAUUGAUCAGCUUAUUACGGUCAGUGGCAUGGUGAUUCGAACAUCAAACAUUAUGCCUGAGAUGAGAGAGGCUUUCUUCAAGUGCAUUGUCUGUGCAUUCAUGACUGCUGUAGAGAUAGACCGUGGCCGCAUCCCUGAGCCUACAUUGUGUCCCAACUGCAACACCAAUCACUGUUUCAAUCUCAUCCACAAUCGCUCACAGUUUACCGAUAAACAGAUGGUGAAACUUCAGGAGUCACCUGAUGAUAUCCAUGCAGGUCAGACUCCUCAUACUGUGGUUCUGUAUGCUCAUAAUGACCUGGUAGAUGCUGUACAGGCAGGCGAUCGAGUCGCAGUGACUGGGAUAUACAGAGCAAUUCCCAUGCAAGUGAACCCUCGCAUGCGCAAUAUUCGGGCUGUCUACAAAACACACAUCGAUGUAGUGCACUUUCGCAAGGCUGACACCAGGCGUUUAUAUGAUCAGGAAGAAGGGAAAGAUCAUCUUUUCUCUCCUGAGAGGGUGAAAAUGCUGGAAGAACUGUCGAAAAUGGAAGAUAUUUAUGAACGUCUAGCUCGUGCUAUUGCCCCAUCCAUUUAUGAAAAUGAGGACAUUAAGAAAGGUAUUCUUCUACAGUUGUUUGGUGGAACUAAGAAAACUUUCACAGCCUCGGGACGUGGCAAUUUCAGGGCAGAGAUUAACAUUCUUCUGUGUGGUGACCCGGGUACCAGUAAGUCUCAGCUACUGCAAUAUAUGUACAACCUGGUGCCUCGUAGUCAGUUCACGUCAGGCAAAGGAUCCUCGGCCGUUGGGCUUACAGCUUAUGUAACAAAGGACCCAGAAACUAGGCAGCUUGUUCUGCAGACUGGUGCGUUAGUGCUGGCUGAUAAUGGCAUAUGUUGCAUCGAUGAGUUUGACAAGAUGAAUGAUUCUACUCGCAGCAUUCUUCACGAGGUAAUGGAGCAGCAGACGUUGAGCAUUGCCAAAGCAGGAAUUAUCUGCCAGCUGAAUGCUCGAACAUCCAUUCUAGCAGCGGCAAAUCCUUGUGAGUCGCAGUGGAAUAAGAACAAGACCAUUGUUGAGAACAUUAUGCUGCCUCACACACUCAUGUCAAGGUUUGAUCUGAUCUUCCUGAUGCUUGAUCCUCAGAAUGAAGUAUAUGACAGGCGACUGGCUCGCCAUCUUGUGUCACUGUAUUUUCAGAGUCGGCAUGAAGAAGAGGAGCAGCUUAUGGACAUGGGCAUUCUGCGAGACUAUAUUGCAUAUGCACGAGAAAACAUUCAUCCAAAGCUGAGUGACUUAGCUUCUCAGCGACUGAUCCAGGCUUAUGUUGAUAUGCGUAAAGUUGGAAGUGGACGUGGACAGAUCACUGCAUAUCCACGCCAGCUAGAAUCACUGAUUCGUUUGUCUGAGGCUCAUGCAAAACUUCGUUUCUCCGGUGUGGUCGAGGACAUUGAUGUGGAGGAAGCAUGGAGGCUUCAUCGUGAAGCUUUGAAGCAGUCAGCUACUGAUCCUCUUUCUGGAAAGAUUGAUGUUAGCAUUCUGACCACUGGGCUUAGCAGUGCCGGCAGAAAGCGCCGAAUGGAAGUGGCACAAGCCCUUAAGAAAUUGAUAGCCAGUAAACAGGGAGCUGUGACACUCAAUUAUCAGAAGAUUUUUGUAGAAUUUAAGGAGACUUCUCAGCUGAUGAUUACACGUGAAAUGUUUGAAGAUGCUCUGAAAGAUCUUCAGGAUGAUGGUGUUGUUAUUGUUAUGGGAAAGAGCUCAAUUCGAGUGUGCUGAACACUCCAUUUAUCCUAAUUGCUUCAGAGGGAAAAAGCCGGUCUAAACAGGGCAGAGGUCCCAGGUGGAUAAAAUAAUUAUUUAUGUAGCACUAGGAUGAAAGAUGCAAGUCUGUUUCAACUGGUAGCAGACCAGGAAAGUUUCCUCAAAUGGUAACGAUUCUGACUUGUAUCUGGGAGUUUCCUAGUUUAAAUCAAUAUACUGGCACAGACUAUACUGAUUGUGGAUUUUUUUAUCUUCCUCAGUUACUCCAGGCAAAUUCCUGGGUAAUUCCUUGAAACAGCUCAUCAUCACUUCCUCCCCCAAUUCUUUCAGCUUUACAGGAUGUACAUUAGCGUAUGUGCAACAUUUAUAUAAUUGGAGGACAAUAAAAGAUGCAGUCCACUGAGAACAAUUUUAUAUUCUCUCUUAGCAGAAGACAGAUUUUUUAAUACUGAGAUUUCUCCAUUUCAGUGACAACAAAAAUUUGCUUUGUAAGAUAGAAAUAAAAAUUAUAUCAAGCUGUGUGAAAUGAGAAUAAAUAAUAUUGUUUGUGA